CAGAUCCUAUUCCAUGCCAGAUUUUGUAAAAUAUGUUAUGUCUACUUACAUCCUCAGCCUUCCUCUGAUUUUCUGUAAUCUAAACUAUAACCAAGUGCUUGAAAACCUUCUCCUACAAAUUAUCGCACAUCAGUGUCCGAGCUUGAAGAACGUAGCCUUGGUGACCUAUGACUGGCUAUGAAUGACAAAUCAAAAGUCAACGUUUCAGAAAUCAGCUGGUUUUUUUUCCUGCUGAGCUGCAGCUAGAAGAGGAAUGCAGAAUGAAAGAAUCUGAAAAUAAAGCUGGUGGACAGCAACGGUGACUUCUGCGGCAGCCGGGAGGCAACCGGCGGCGGCGGCGGCGGCGGCAGCAGCAGCAUCAGCAUCAGCAAACAAGGGGUGAUCCCCGCGGUGGUCGCGGCGGCAGCGGCAGCAAGAAGCCCAGCGCGGCAGCAGCAUCAGCCCCUCGACUACAGCACCAUGGACAGCUCAGGUGCCUCUUCACCUGACAUGGAGUCUAGCUAUGGAGGUGGCCUAUUAGACAUGGUCAAAGGAGGAGCAGGGCGACUCUUCAGCAACUUGAAGGAUAACUUGAAGGACACUCUGAAAGACACAUCUACUAAAGUUAUGCAAUCUGUUGCCAGCUACACGAAGGGGGAGCUAGAUAUUUCUUAUAUUACCUCAAGAAUUAUUGUGAUGUCUUUCCCUGCUGAAGGAGUUGAACUUGGAUUUAGGAACCAUAUUGAGGAUGUGCGGACAUUCUUGGAUUCAAGACAUCCUGACCACUACACAGUUUUCAAUUUGUCACCGAAGUCUUACCGUAGUGCCAGGUUUCAUAAUAGAGUAUCUGAAUGUAGUUGGCCAGUUAGACAAGCACCAAGCCUCCACAAUCUCUAUGCUGUGUGUAAGAACAUGCACAACUGGUUGCAACAGAACCCCAAAAAUGUUUGUGUCAUACACUGUAUGGAUGGGCGUGUAGCAUCAGCAGUCCUGGUCAGUGCAAUGUUCUGUUUUUGUCAUCUCUUUUCUACUCCAGUUCCUGCCAUUCAGUUGCUAAAUACAAAGAGACCUGGAAUCAUUCUUUGGCCAUCCCAUAGAAGGUACAUUGGAUAUAUUUGUGAUUUAAUAGCAGACAAGCCCAUUCAGCCUCAUUGCAAGCCUCUAACCAUCAAAGCAGUGAUUCUCAGCCCAGUGCCCUGUUUCAAUAAGCAAAGAAAUGGCUGCCGGCCUUUCUGUGAUAUUCUGAUUGGAGAAACCAGAAUCUUCACAACUUCUCAAGAAUAUGAAAGAAUGAAGGAGUUUCGUGUUCAAGAGGGGAAAAUUGUAAUUCCACUAGAAGUCACAGUCCAUGGUGAUGUAGUAAUUUCUAUUUACCACAUGCGAUCAACCAUUGGGGGACGGCUUCAAGCUAAAAUGUCCAACACACAAAUAUUCCAGAUUCAGUUUCACACUGGAUUCAUAGCUUUGGGAACAACGGUGUUAAAAUUUAAUAAACCUGAAUUGGAUGCAUGUGACUCUCCAGAGAAAUAUCCCCAACUGUUUCAUGUCAUGGUGGAGAUAGAAAUAGAAUCUGCUGAUAGACAGACUGACCUGACUCCUCCAUGGGAGAACUUCACAACAAAAGACAUCAACCCAAGCAUACUUUUCUCUUCUCACCAGGAGCACCAAGAUACCCUUGCCAUGGCAGGUAGAGGUGCUGGAGAGGCAUCACAUGAUAACCUAAAGACUGCUGGACAAGGAGCAUUCUUGUCAUCUCUCAGCUGGCAAGAUCAAAAAUUGGAAAGAAGCAGUUCACAUGCGAGCUCUGAAGAUCGGGCUGCCUUGGUGCAUGAAGAAAGUGAGCAGUCAGAUGACGAACUCUUAUCCCUCUCCAGUCAGCACAGUAGCACAAGCACUGACAAACUCCAUGGGCCACCAAAGCACAGCAAAAAGCAGCAAGAACCACCAGGCCCACCGCCUCCUGAAGAUGUGGACCUUUUGGGUUUGGUUGGCAGCUCUAUGAACAAAAACUUCCCAGCAGCUCCUACUGCACCCCCUUCCAACUCAGACUUGUUGAGUGAUCUCUUUGGAGCUGGUCAAUCUGAAGGUCCAAGCCAAAGUGGACAGUCAGCUGCUCAGGAUGUCUUUCAGAUGGGUGGGACUGGGUCUGCACACUCCACUCCACGACGGUCUGCAACUUCUGCAUCCCCAUCUUUGUCCCCAAGAAUAGGAGAAGGAACUGCCUUUGACCCAUUUGGAGGAAGCCCUAAGCAAUCUGCCCCAGAUCUUCUAGGCUCUUUCCUUGGUUCAUCAAAUGCCACUGCUGACCCUUUUCUUCAAACAGCCAGAAGUCCUUCACCCACAGUGCAAGGUGAUCCUUUUAACUUGGCUCAUUCUAGUACACCAGCUGUUUCCAUUCAAGCAGAUGUUUCAAGUGACUGGGACUGGCCAGGAAAAUCAGGAGGCCUAGUUAGGGGGAGCAAAUCAGCUGCUACAAGUCCCACGGGAUCAGUACAUUGCACUCCAACACAUCAAACCAAACCACAAACACUUGAUCCUUUUGCUGACUUGGGAACAUUGGGAGCAAACUUAGCAGGUUGUCCUUCCUUUACCAGCAAACCCAGCACACCUACAGGAAUAGGAGGAGGUUUUCCUCCUAUGGGUUCUCCACAGAAGCCAUCUCCUCAGCCAGUGGGAGGUGGCAGUUGGCAACAGGGUUCAGGUUAUUCAUGGCCGCAAUCGCAAUCCAAACCCCAGCAAAGCAUGCCACACUCCUCUCCCCAAAAUAGGCCUAACUACAAUGUGAGCUUUACUGCAAUACCUGGUGCCCAAAAUGACCGUGGGAAGGGAACAGGAAGUUCUGACUCAAAGCCCAAAGGAACUGCUGACUUUGAAGAUCUCUUAUCUGGUCAAGGUUUUAAUGCCCACAAAGACAAAAAGGGACCUAGAACAAUAGCAGAAAUGAGGAAGGAAGAAAUGGCCAAGGAGAUGGAUCCUGAGAAGCUAAAAAUUCUUGAAUGGAUUGAAGGAAAGGAGAGAAACAUAAGAGCCUUGUUGUCCACAAUGCACACAGUGCUAUGGGAAGGAGAAACAAAAUGGAAACCAGUUGGCAUGGCAGAUCUUGUAACUCCAGAGCAAGUGAAGAAGGUCUACCGGAAAGCAGUUCUUGUUGUUCAUCCUGACAAAGCUACAGGGCAGCCAUAUGAACAAUAUGCAAAAAUGAUUUUUAUGGAGCUCAAUGAUGCCUGGUCAGAAUUUGAAAACCAAGGCCAAAAGCCCUUGUAUUAGCAAAUCUCCUCAGACAUUGCUGUAGAUCUGUGCUAGUGCUUGUAUAGUUUCUUGCCACAAGAUUUUCACAGCUGAACUGAUUACGUAGUUGGAAAUUUGGAAAUAAUAUAACUAGCCCUGAUACUAAAAUCAUCAUCAUGAAAAGAGGAAAUGAUAUAGAGGGUGCUCCUUACAUAUGCCAUGAGUAACAAAUGCAAAGAGGGGAAUUCUAGGAAUCUUGCUGUGUUCUUCAGGUUUAAACAGGGUAGGUAAGAAAAACUGGGAUUGUUAAUCUGGAAACCAGAGGAUGAAACUGAUUUUUCCCACUGUUAACUGAAGUCUUUAUCAGUAAGGGUGUUGCUCAGGUAUGGCUCAGACUUGAAAAUUUGUAUCCACAACAAACUUUCUCAAAACGUAAGAACGAUCAUAUGCAUACUAUUGUUUGCUUUAUGUUGUCACUCUUAAUUUGGCAUCUGAAUUAUUCCUUGUAAUAUAUUUUUGAAUCUGAUGGUUAGGCAAAUGAUUACAUGUGUGGCAACUCGCUGCCUUAAGCAUAGUACUGUAUUUCAUGUUUCAGAAAACCAUAGAUAUUGAGGAAGUGUCUCUAAACGAUUUAAUAAUUCUGCUGCACAGGCAGAAGUCUGUUGAAGAUAAUGUCCAAAUCAAAAUGAAGCCUUGCAUUCUCUGUUGAUGUUAUGAGUUUAAGUUCUUCUUUAUUCUUUGUGUUGUUGCUCAUAUCCAGUCAUCCAUCCCCAAAUGCUCUGGGGAGUAUUUGAUUAUGAGCUGAUGGUGAUAUAGCUUUGUAUUCUAAACCUCUGUUGGCAACUUACCACAUUGCUCAUGCCAUUUUGACAGGUGUGAAGUAAGCAAGCAGUGCAUCCUGUUUACCUACAGGAGACAUACUAGGCCAGUAAGCAAUAAUGUUCAUAUAGUCACAUGGUGGUAUCUGUGAAGAUAAAACACAAAUGUUGUCAUAUCUUCUUGAAAAACUAGUUUUACAUAAGACUUUGAAAUGUUUCUCCUUUUACAGAAAAAACUUGUAAUAGCAGUUUUAUGCACUGGUAUUUCCUGAAUGAAAUCUGGUUUCUGCAAGGCACAAGGUAUUCAAACAGUAUGCCCCCCCCCCCCCCCCCGAAAAAAAAUUAGGGCAGAUGAUGGAGUGUUGCCUUGCAUGGGGAUGUUUCUAGAGGUCAGCUGUUUAUAGAUUCUGAUGGCACUCGAUGCUAUCAGAACCUGGAUCUCAUUAUACACUCUAUUUUUUCAUGACAUUAUUGCACAGUAUGUUGCAAAAGUCACUGGGGGAAAAUAUGGUCUCUGUACCUGCUUUUUGGAGAGUUAGGAGAUAGGCAGAAAAACCUCCACAUGCAUCAAGGGGGGAAAUCCAUAGCAGAUGUGAAAAUCUUAGUCAAACUGAUGUUUUAAAGACAAUCUGUUUCCAUCCCCCCCCCCUUUAUCAUUUUCAAGUGGCACUCUUUUCUGCAGAUACAGUAUGUGAACCAGUCUACCUUUAUUUUUAUAUAAAAUGCCAUCUUUUUGUUGUACUGAUCCAUUAUUUAUUGUUAUUUACUGCCAAUGUGAAACAAACACCGACUUCUUUUUAUAUAUACAAGGAAUUAAGAUGUUAAACACUUACAACAAAGUGGAUGUUAUUUAUUAACAUAUUAUGAAAUGUUUUGAUCAAGUACGUGCUUGUCUUAUUAAACAUUUUUGGAAUGUG